AUGUUCCGCGCGGCUCUCUUCCCGUCGCGUCGCGCCGCCCUCGUCGCGGCCACCUCGGUGGUCGCAGCAGGGACGCUCUACGCUACCCAGCGUGAGACCGCCCUCGAGGGCAACACACCCGUCACCAAGCGUCGUCCCGGCCCCCUCUGGGCGCCCAUGACCCGCAAGCAGAUGCUCGACCACCUGCGUACCUCUGGUGUCUUUAUCAAGCGUACCGAGCACGGCGGCCCCGAGCCCGGUACCGUCGACCUGUCCAAGAUUGGCAAGGAGAGCGACGACGACGACGUCUUCGAUCUCCUUAUUGUCGGCGGUGGUGCGACUGGUGCUGGUACUGCCCUCGACGCGGCAUCCCGUGGUCUCAAGAUUGCCAUGGUCGAGCGCGACGACUUUGCCUCGGGUACCUCGUCCAAGUCGACCAAGCUCGUCCACGGUGGUGUUCGCUACCUCCAGAAGGCCAUCAUGGAGCUCGACUACGAGCAGUACAAGCUCGUCCGCGAGGCCCUCCGUGAGCGCAAGAUCUUCCUCACCACCGCCCCUUACCUCUCCAACAUGGUCCCCAUCCUCCUGCCCGUCUACACCUGGUGGCAGCUUCCUUACUACUACGUCGGCUCCAAAAUGUACGACCUCCUUGCCGGCAAGGAGAACAUGGAGAGCGCGUACUGGAUGGGCCCCGGUCGUUCGCUCGAGGCCUUCCCCAUGCUCAAGACCGAUGGUCUGGUCGGCUCGGUCGUCUACUAUGAUGGCCAGCACAACGACUCGCGCAUGAACAUGGCCCUCGUCUCGACCGCUGUCCAGCACGGCGGCAUUGUCGCCAACCAGUGUGAGGUCGUCGCUCUCCACAAGCAGAUCGACCCCACCAAGCUUGGCAAGCUCCGCAUCCACGCCGCGACCCUCAAGGACCGUAUGACCGGCGAGGAGUUUGUUGUCCGCUGCCGCGGUGUCAUCAACGCUACCGGCCCCUUCUCUGACGGUGUCCGCAAGCUCGACGACCCUACCAUCCAGAACAUUGUCGCCCCCUCGUCCGGUGUUCACAUCACCCUGCCUAACUACUACGGCCCCAAGACCAUGGGUCUGCUCGACCCUGCCACCUCGGACGGCCGUGUCAUCUUCUUCCUUCCCUGGCAGGGUAACGUCAUCGCUGGUACCACCGACUCGCCUUGCGACGUCGACCAGAACCCCAUUCCCCAGGAGCAGGAGAUCCAGUGGAUCCUCGACGAGGUCCGUCGCUACCUGAGCCCCGACAUCAAGGUCCGUCGUGGUGACGUCCUCUCGGCUUGGUCCGGUAUCCGCCCCCUCGUCCGCGACCCCGCGGCCAAGAACACCGAGUCGCUCGUUCGCAACCACAUGAUCAACAUUUCCGAGGGCGGUCUCCUGACCAUUGCCGGCGGCAAGUGGACCACGUACCGUGCCAUGGCCGAGGAGACUGUCGACGCUGCCAUCAAGGAGUUUGACCUCAAGCCCAACGGCCCUUCGCAGACUGCCCGCAUCAAGCUCAUUGGCGCCCACGCAUGGACCCCGACCAUGUACAUCAAGCUCAUCCAGCAGUUCGGUCUUGAGACCGACGUUGCCAAGCACCUGUCCGAGUCGUACGGAGACCGCGCCUGGGCCGUGGCCUCGAUGGAGAAGCCCACUGGCCUCUCGUGGCCCAUCCACGGCACCCGUCUGUCGCCCCUCUACCCUUACCUCGAGGGCGAGGCCCGCUACGCCGUCCGCCACGAGUUUGCCCUCCAUGCCACCGACUUUGUCGGCCGUCGUACCCGUCUCUCCUUCCUCAACGUCCAGGUCACCCUCGAGGCCCUGCCGCGCAUCAUUGACAUUAUGGGCGAGGAGCUCGGCUGGGACGGCAAGACCAAGCGCGAGGAGUUUGAGAACGCCAUCCAGUACCUCUACUCGAUGGGUCUGCCGCAGACCACCAAGCUCACGCUUGACGAGGUCCGCAGCCGUGGCGGCAACGCCGGUGUCCUUGGCCUGAUCAACAAGACCGAGGCCGCCGUCUACGCCCGUUCUGCCUUCUCGCCCAAGGAGCUCACGCGCCUCAAGGAGCAGUUUGCCAAGCUCGACUUUGACAACGACCAGCGCAUCACCCGCGACGACCUCAUGCACGCCAUGAAGAACAUGGGCUACACGCCCAACACGGCCACCGCCGACGGCAUCCUCGCCGAGGUCGACUUUGGCCGUACCGGCGCCGUCGACUUUGAGCACUUCCUCGACAUUGCCGCGGGCCUCAAGGAGCUCCAGCUCGACAACGCCUUCACCCACAUUGCCAAGCUGGACGAGGACUCCAAGGCCGCCCGCAUCCCCGUCGAGCGUUCGGGCGGUGGUGCUUAA